CCAGCUAACAGGACCUUUGGACUCCAGGCAGAGCGGCCAGAGGACCGCCGUGCGGCCUGCGCAGAGGAGGACAUGGCUGGGUGGCAGGCCUGGGCUCCGAGGGCUGGAGUGAGAUCCAUCAGCUGGGAGCCCCGGGACGUCUCCUGGGACUGGCAGAUGGUCCAUUCUUGCAGCAGCAGCAGCAGCAGCUGUGGGGUCCACUGCCCCUGAGCCCUCAGGGGCUCCCUUCUCUAACCUUGCAACUGCCUCAUUCGUGUAUUCUUCCCCUCCAGGCGGCUAUGGGUGCCAGGCGGAGCUGAAAGCAGUGGGGCAUGGCUGUAGCCCUGCAGGCCUUGCCCCGCUUGGCCCGAGCCCCAUUACGCCCGCUCCUCCGGGGGGGCCCGGGGGCACGGCUGGCCAGCGGCAUGGCGUUGGCAGAGCAGGCUCGGAUGCUGUUUGAGAACACCGUCGGUGCCGUGCUGCCGGGCCCCAUGAUGCACCGGGCACUGUCCCUGGACCCCAGCAGCGGGCAUCUGAAGGUGCGGGACCGGAGCUUUCAGCUGCGGCAAAACCUCUACCUGGUGGGCUUCGGCAAGGCCGUGCUGGGCAUGGCCGCUGCCGCCGAGGAGCUGCUGGGCCAGCAUCUGGUGCAGGGAGUGAUCAGCGUUCCCAAGGGGAUCCGUGCUGCCGUGGAGUGCAGCGGCAAGCAGGAGAUGCUGCUGAAGCCGCACAGCCGUGUCCAGGUGUUCGAGGGCGCGGAGGACAACCUGCCGGACCGGGACUCGCUGCGGGCCGCGUUGGCCAUCCGGCAGCUGGCGGAAGGGCUGACAGCUGACGACCUGCUGCUCGUGCUCAUCUCAGGCGGGGGCUCAGCCCUGCUGCCCGCCCCCAUCCCACCCGUCACACUGGAGGAGAAGCAGACACUCACCAAGCUGCUGGCGGCCCGCGGAGCCACAAUCCAGGAGCUGAACACCAUCCGGAAGGCCCUGUCCCAGCUCAAGGGCGGGGGGCUCGCCCAGGCUGCCUACCCCGCCCAGGUGGUGAGCCUGAUUCUGUCAGACGUGAUAGGAGACCCCGUGGAGGUGAUCGCCAGCGGCCCCACCGUGGCCAGCGUCCACAACGUGCAAGACUGCCUGCACAUCCUUAACCGCUACGGCCUGCGCGCCGCCCUGCCGCGCUCCGUGAAGACCGUGCUGGCCCGGGCCGACUCGGACCCCCGCGGGCCGCACGCCUGCGGCCACGUCCACAACGUGAUCAUCGGCUCCAACGCGCUGGCGCUGGCCGAGGCCCGGCGGCAGGCCGAGGCGCAGGGAUACCGGGCCGUGGUGCUGAGCGCGGCCAUGCAGGGCGACGUGAAGAGCGUGGCCGCGUUCUACGGGCUGCUGGCCCGGGUGGCCGGCGCCCACCUCGCCGGGGUCUCCCCGGAGGAGGAGAAGCAGCUGCACGAGCAGGCAGCCGCGCUCCAGCUCCCGGACCUGCAGCUGGAGGAGGCCCUGCAGGCGGUGAAGGAGGCCGGGGGCCCCAUCUGCCUGCUGGCCGGCGGGGAGCCCACGGUGCAGCUGCAGGGCUCGGGCAAGGGCGGCCGGAACCAGGAGCUGGCCCUGCGGGUGGCGGCGGAGCUGGGGCCGCGGCGGCCGCCGCCGGGGGCUGUGGAUGUGCUGUUUCUGAGCGGCGGCACCGACGGCAGGGACGGGCCCACCGAGGCCGCCGGCGCCUGGGUCACGCCGGAGCUCGCCGUCCAGGCCGCCGCGGAGGGCCUGGAUGUGGCCACCUUCCUGGCCCGCAACGACUCGCACACCUUCUUCCACCGCCUGCAGGGCGGGGCCCACCUGCUGUACACGGGGCUGACGGGCACCAACGUGAUGGACGUCCACUUCCUGUUCCUGCGGCCGCGGGGGUGACACAGGCCGUGGUCUGGGGUGCAGAGAAGGCCUACCGGGCAGCUUCUGGGGCAGAGCAGGGUCGGUCCCCAGGGCCUCCCCAGGCCUCAGGGCUCCUCCACGCCUUGGCCCCGGCUGCGCGGCUGGCCUUAACACAUCUCACCCAGGGCCUCUGCUUCACAUCUGUUCCCCCAACCAGAGUGGUACGAUGGCGGCUCUCUCCCGCCCCUAAUUUCAGUCGCGGCAGCAGCACCCCCGAGGCCAGUUCGCUGUUCCCGGCAUUCCCCAAGCAGCCCCACUGCUGAGCUCCCGAGCCUGUUUCUCUGUGGGGCGGAACAAGAAGGACUGGAAAUAAAAAGGACCUCUCACUCUG